AUGAAUGUCAUGAAUAGAAUGAAAAGUAUCUUGACCGUAUUCUUUAUGCAAAUGUUCUAUAUUACAUGUAUAUGGUAUCCAUCGAAUCAUUUAGAACAUAACAAUUAUCCAUAUUCAUUCAAUUCUCAUUAUUCCAUACAAGAAUCAAAUAGAAAAUAUAAUGAAGAACCAAUAGUGGAACAAGUGAAAACUAUGAAAUAUCAUGGUAACAUCUAUAGAAAAGUGAUGGGUUUGAAAUUACCAUUUCAUCAAGCUGAACAAUAUUGUAAUCAAGUAUUUUCAUCGGAAUCACAUUUAACAUCGAUACAAUCAGAUGAUGAAUGGGCAAUGUUGUCAAAAUGUUUUGGAGAUACCAGUUUAACUAAAAUAUGGCUAGGAGGGACUGCAGACCUAAUGAAUCAUCAGUAUGUCGUUUUGCGGUGGCUAGAUCGAUCAACUUUCAAUUACCGCCGGUUUCCAGAUACAUAUGGAGACCACUGGCAGAAAAUCCUGAAUAAGCACCAGGGUUGUAUUAUUGGUAACUUGAAAAACAAUGGUCAAGGAGAAUGGGACAUUCAAGCUAUGCGAUGUGAUGAACCGAAAGAGUUCAUCUGCAAAGAAACAAACUUUGAUCACCAAAAUAAACCAUGGGAUACUGAAAAGUCAAGACGCGGUUAUGUACCUCAAGAAACACCGUUUAAUAAUCGCUAUAAUCAACCCCCAUUCGGUAUUCUUUCAUUGAAUGGAGAUAUGUAUCAACCGAAAAUACCAGCAAAUCCGAAAAAGUCAAUAAUUGCUCACGUAUCCAAUGUACAGACAGUAAUACCGACAACAGAUAACACAGAACAACAAGUGAACCGAAUCCCAUUAAUUCAGAAAAAAAUCAAUAACAACACCACAAUCACAAGGUCAAUAGUAGUGAGCCCAAAUACUACGUAA